GGCGGUGAUAAGGGUCGGCCGCCCCGGGGGCUGGCGCUAGGGGCAGCGCGACGCCAACUGGCGGGGAGGAUGCGGAGGUGCCGGGGCUGCGCAGCACUGAGGGGCUCGGAGGCGGCGGGGACAUGAUCCAGGGGGGUGGCCGAAGCCUGGAGCCGCUGCUGGUGGUCCUGGUGGUGGUGCUGGUGCUGGCUCCGUGUGCAGGACGGCGGCGGGCAGUUUUGAAUCGAUCAGUUCCAGAUGUUUGCGCAACUUGCCACAUUCAUGCUACAUGUCAUCAAAUUGAAGGAAAAAGUGUCUGUAUCUGUAACUAUGGAUUUGUGGGGAAUGGAAGAACCCAUUGUCAAGAUAAAGACGAAUGCCAGAUAGGAGCCAACAAGAUCUGUGGAAAUCACACACUGUGUCACAACACACAUGGAAGUUUUUACUGUGUUUGCCUUGAUGGAUACCGGGCCUCUAACAACAACAAGACUUUUAUUCCCAACGAUGGCACGAACUGUACAGAUAUAGAUGAAUGUGAGGAGUCUGGACUGUGUGGUCACAACGCAAGAUGCGUAAAUACUGAAGGAAGCUACAAGUGUUACUGCAAUGAUGGUUAUAAAUUAGAAAAUGGAGCACAUUCUUUUCAUCCAGAUGGGAACAAAGUUUCCUGCCAAGAAAUUAGAUGUGGUUCCCCUCCUGAAAUGGAGCAUGGCUACAUUGUAGGAAACUACAGCUCGGUACCAGGCAGUACGGUUCAUUAUGAAUGUGAAGAAGGGUUUUACAGCAAUGAGGGAAAGUUCUCAUAUUGCACUGCAAAUGAAGCUUGGGAACCUGCCAUUUUACACUGUAAAGGUGUUGACUGUGGGGUUCCACCUUCUAUCCUAAAUGCACGUCCAGCAUCUGCAAGCAAGACCACGUAUGGAAGUAAAGUUACUUACAGUUGUGUUCAUGGUUAUUUUAUUGCAAGUGGCAAUCAGACUGCAGUCUGCAAUGCCAAAGGACAGUGGGAUGGCGCUGAUUUGGUAUGCAAAGAAAUAGACUGUGGCAGACCUUUGCUGAUUCCACACACAGAAAUGAUCUGGGAUAACGCUACCACUCUGUGGAGCAGAGUGUACUAUCGGUGUAAAGAAGGAUAUUAUUUCAAUGGAGACAAGAAUUUUUCAGAAUGCACAGUGGAUCAAGAGUGGGAGAAUAUUACUUAUGUAUGCAAAGAGGAGGAAUUGUUCAGUAAUUUUUCCAUAUUCAAUGAAACCUGCAUGAAAUGGCAAAGAAAAACUGGAAGAAGAGGAGUGCAGGAAACUUACACAUUUCACAUACUUGGCCAAAGAUGGGAUGAGAAGACGUUCUCAGAGGAUGUGAUACUUAACAUCACUACGAGUGAAGAUAAUCCAAAGGUGUGUUUAGAUCUCAACUCUGGCAGUAACUACGUGGUGAAUAUUACUACCAUCUCUUCCACAAACAUCAGUGUCUCAGUUACAGUAGCAGUUCAAACAAAGGUAAAGGAAGCUUUCAAUAAUGUGUUAAUUUUUAAUGACACCUGCUUGAAAUGGUGGCGAAACAUAAGGGGAGCUAAUACAGAAGACAGAUACUCUUUUCAUGUGCAAGGCCAGCGUUGGUAUCAGAAGGAAUUCUUGCAUGAAAUGACCUUCAACCUUACCACACACAAGCAGGCUCCAGAAGUUUGUUUUGAUUUGCAGCCAGGCACCAAUUACUCUGUUAAUAUUUCCAUGGUAGCUUUGAAUUUUUCACUGAUGGUUUCCAUGACAACGCAAAUCACAGAUCCCCCAUUCCCAGAUGUAGAAUUUGUUGCAGCAAAAGGUUCUGCACCCUUGCUCAGACUCCGGAAAGCAGAAGAUCGAAAUGGGCCGAUCAGUCUUUAUCAAGUGAUUGUGCUUCCUCUGGGUUUGCAAAGUACUUUUAUUUGUGACUCCUUUGCUGCUGCAACUUUCUUUAGCAACACCACUGACGCUAAGGGAUAUGUAGCAGCUGAAUUUCAGGCCAAGGAUGUUGCUGAUAACAUGCCAGUUGCUCUUGGAGACAGACAUUACUACGGAAAGUUUUAUAAUGCCCCUUUAAAGCUGGGAAACGAGUACUGUGUUUUUUUGAGAAUAAUAAGCGAGUGGAAUAAGGUGAGAACACAGUCCUGUGCUGUAUGGGCACAAAUUAAAAAUUUAUCACCCAUUCUUCAAUACAUGACUACUGUUGUACUUGGGUCACUUGCUGCUGUCUGCCUUAUACUGUUCCUGUCAUUCUCAGCAGCACGAUCUUAUCUCCACAGUGCAUUGCACUCCCCACCUGCUGCUUUAGCCUGCGAGGGUGUACGUUUAUCUGCUACCAUGGAUAUGACACAAGCCGGGAUUGCAUCAUCGUCCUUAGAGACUGAAAAUGUUUCUCUUCUCUAAUGUGUUAUCCCUCAAAAUCGGCAUAAAGAAAAUGCAGCCUCCCUACCAAAGCCAACACCUGUCAGAAUGUAGCUGUAAGGCACACCUGCUGUAGCAUCGACAGUUGAGAUGUGUUUGUUACUGAGUUUUUUAUUGUGUCCCCUUGUUUUCUGACAGCAUGGUGUGGAAAGAAAAACCUUCCAUCACAAACACGUUGUGUCAGAGACGUUAGCAUGCAUCUCAUGUGUUGGCCACAGGCUUUAUCUAUUCCACCACAUGGAUGCCUGAUAGCAAGUGUCUGUAUCAUACCUGAUUACGUGAAUAAUCCCCUGAUCCAAUUGAGACUGUCUGAGGAUUAACUGCUACUUCAGAUGCCUUAGGACAUACAAACUGACCCAUUAUGAGAGAAAAUACAGAUCAUUUUACCUCAGUUUAAGUGCCUACUGUCUUUCCAAGUAAAAACGUAGAUUUCAUCAGUCACCUAUGGGUGACACUACUUUAGUAACAAGUACAGAGUGAAGUUGUCACACGAAAUAGUGUCACCAACCCAUGUUCCGUAGAUACUGCAAUCAUUGCUCAUAGCAAUUAGGAAUUAUUGCAAGUAGUGCACCAAUUUAUAAAACUGCAGUUGCAAAAAAAAAGUAGCUUUAGUGUCAUAUGAAACUAUUUUAAAUCAAAAGCUACCUCUGUUAAGUGCAGUUUUAUUAAUCUCUGUUUUAUAAUUACAACUGAAUAAAGACAUUAAAAUCAGUCUCUGCACAGGUAUGGAACAUCUGAUUAAAGUGGGUUGAUGAAGUAUAGUUAACCAGUUUCCUAUGGCAUCCUUCCAGAUAAUAUUUUUCCCUCCUAUAAGAAAGAAUCAAUUGUCUGUGCUUACUUCCACUCCUGUUCAGAAGAUUCUUUGAGGUAAUACUAAAAAAGUAAUUCUGUUAACUGGUGAAAUAAAAAGAAGUUUUGAGUUUUA